AUGCCAGUACCAUUUGAAGGUUUAAUCCCUUACGCAAUAAUGACCGCGUUUUUUGGAUUAGCAGGUCACGGUGUAGGAGCCAUAAGAUAUUGGGACAAUGGAUGGAAAAAUGAUCGUUAUUUUUUAGAUUCAUGGGAUAAAAAAAUGUUAGCAAGAGAUUUUUAUUUAACUGGUACACAUAGAGGACAAACUAGUGAAGCCAUAGCCCCUGAAAGUUUUAAAACUAUUGAACAAAUUGAUCAAGUUUAUUAUGAUCCUUAUAGAAAUCAAUUUUUCAGUUUGAGGGAUAAAUUGUUUAGAGGUUACAUCUUUGGUGAUUGGAAGAAUGAUGGAAAUUAG